AAACUUGCAGAUUUUACUUUUCUUUCCAUCUCUACAUGCCCAUCCUAUUCUUUGUUUGGUUAUAUAUACCCUAUAACUAGAGACCAUUAUUUCAUAGAAAAAUAUUCAAGUUUCCCACCUCCUACUUCUUAUCUUGAAACUCCUUUUGGCUACUACGUGCACACACCAUACAAGACAUGACGAAUCCAAGCAAACUGAUCUUUGUAGCAAGCUUUGUAUUCUUUGCCAUUCUUAUCAAAUCAACUACAGCACAAGAAGUUGAGGAUGAGAGAGAGUUUGAUUAUCUACAAGGAAGCGAGAAGGGCCCGGGUCAUUGGGGAGAUUUAAAUAAAGAUUGGGAAGCUUGCAAGAAUGGAAGUAUGCAAUCUCCCAUAGAUUUGUCUAGUAAGAGAGUGAAAGUGAUCCCCAAGUUAAUGGACCUGAAGAGGAACUACAAGCCUUGUAAUGCCACUGUCAAGAACAGAGGCCAUGAUAUUUCGUUAAAGUGGGAAGGAGAUGCAGGAUCAAUACAAAUCAACGGCACUGAUUACUUUCUCGACCAAGGCCAUUGGCACUCACCUUCUGAGCACUCCAUCAAUGGCAGGAGGUAUGACUUAGAGCUACACAUGGUUCACUUAGCACGAGAUCCCAACGUGACAAAUAAGAUUGCUGUUGUUGGACUCUUUUACAAGAUUGGUCACCACGAUGAUUUCCUCUCAAAGUUGAUGAGAAACAUAUUGUCCAUGACUGAUAAAAAAGAUGAAAGAAAUAUGGGGGUGAUUGAUCCAAGAGAAAUAAAGAUGGGUGGCAAGAAGUACUAUAGAUAUAUGGGCUCACUCACUGUUCCUCCAUGCACAGAAGGUGUUAUUUGGACAAUAAAUAAAAAGAUAAGGACGGUCUCAAGGGAGCAAGUGAAAUCGCUUAGAGUGGCUGUCCAUGAUUAUGCUGAGAAGAAUGCAAGACCAAUCCAACAACUCCAUAAUAGGGAGAUCCAACUCUACGGCCCAAACCCAACAAGCACGAGAAACUAAAUAUGUAUAUCAUAGAGUUCGAGCUUCUGAGCUUUAUUUAUUUAUUUAUUUAUUUUUGGGGAGGGGAUAAAGUCCAUAGACUUUGAAUGUAGACUAUGAUGUGGAAACUAUAUAAUUAUUUCAUUUGUUA